AUUUGCCAGAAAUUAUAGAAGAAGAAAUGUCAGAUGUAGAUGAUAAUAAAGAUAGUGAAGGUAAUCAUUCAAUAGACCAAAGCAUUAUUUUUUUAGAAAAAGAAUCCUGUAAAAGACCUAGUAAAGAUAAUUCUGAAAAUAAAUUAUCUAGUAAGAAAGUAAAGACUAAAAACGGAAAUGUAUCUAUAUUAAAAAAACUUAUUGAGGGGCUGAAAUUGCCAAGCUCUUCAACAAGUAGUACUACUUCUCAGGCUGAAUCUAUCACCAGCCCAACUAAUAAAGAGCAUAGAUCUCAGAGAAAACUUUAUAAAGAAGUUAAAAAACAGUUUCCAUCUAACCUUUCAAAAAAUGCAGUUAAGAAAAGAAUAGAAAGAGCAAGAAAAAUUUAUAAUCUUUUCAGUAGUAUAAAAUACAGCAG